CAGUAGCGACGGGACCGCGAAAGGCUGACACCCCACGUGAGGCGCCGCUGUUGUUACGCGAGCCAUGAGACGGGCGUACCGGGAGCUGCAGGGGCUCUUUGCGGUGUACAAGCCUCCUGGCGUACACUGGAAACGAGUUCGAGACACGAUUGAGACGCGGCUUAUACAGGAUCUCCGAAGCUUAGAUCGACCACCACAGCCAGAGCAGGUCCGAUUCCUGCUGGGUUCGGGUGAAGGGCAGGACCCCUCUGAACUGACCCUGACGGCCACCAACGUGCCCGUGCUGGCUGAACACCCGCUGGUGAAAGGCCCCCCAUUUCCACACUUGAAGGUGGGAGUUGGUGCUCACUUGGAUUUGCCUUCUUCAGGAGUUCUCAUACUGGGCGUGGGAAGUGGAAACCAGCUGCUGCAGAGGCUGAAGAGCCAGCAUCUGUCAAAGGAGUACAUCGUCCAGGGGGUGUUUGGAAAAGCAACUGAUGACUUCUCGGACACGGGCAGGCUGGUGGAGAAGACAACUUUUGAUCAUGUCACUCUGUGCAGCCUUGAAAAGAUCAUCGCCAUGAUUGAUGGAACUCAUCGGAAAGCUCUGUUGACGUACGCCGGGAUCGAUCUGCACAGCCAGGAGGCCUACGAGCAGGCAGUAGCCGGUUUACUGCGCCCCUCACACAAGACCACCCCCCUCAUCACUGGCAUCCGCUGCGUGCACUUUGACCCCCCUCAUUUCACUUUGGAGGUCCAGAGUCUGAACGAGACGCAGCAGUACCUGCGCAAGGUGGUCCACGAGAUCGGCCUGGAACUUCGCUCCUCGGCGGUGUGCGGGCAGGUGCGACGCACCCGCGAUGGCCCUUUCACGCAGCACGAUGCGCUCCUCCAUUCGCAUUGGGAUCUGGACAAAGUGCGGGCAGCGGUGGCAGAGGCCGGACCCCGAGUGUGGGCUGCUCUACGCUGUGCCAGAGACGUGCAACCAGGGGAGAGGAGGGAGUCGGUCAGGGCCACAAACACAGAAAGUGCAGAGCACACGUGACAAUAAGGGCCCCUCACCUGAGCAGCUGCCCUGAUUAUGGGGUGACACGUGGCACCCUGCCAGCUGGGAGAUGUGAGACCCAUUUAGAAGAGGAAUUGUGCGGCUUCUGGGAAGCUAAAGACUGCUAAACGGGCAUCAGGAGAUUAAAAGGUACAAUUGUGACAGGCGUGUGGGCUCCUGCUUACCUGUGCAGGUGACACAGAGGUUCAUGGGUGUGGGAGAGUCAGUGUGGCAGUACUGGGUGAGCCACAGCAACAGGGCUGUCCCCAAAACUGAGAGGCGAUUCAGAGUUUGGUGACCACUGUCUCCUUUAGGUGACAGACAUACAUUUGCCUGAUGUGUCAGCCUGUCCGUUAUGAUACUUGGACAGGUUGAGUUUAGACACAAAGACUUUCUAGCACAUUGGGUUUGGAAUUGCGACAAUCUGCAAAGCAAAUCUGGGGGUGCCAACUCAAAAGAUGACCCUUGUCCUGCACAGCUGGCAUGGCUACCUGGAGCUCCUGCACACACUCCAAUAAGGGCUUAGGGGUCUGCCAGCUUGUCACUGUGCUGGAGUUGGGCCUACAGAAAGGGUGAGCUCUGAAUGUGCCAACAUCAAUUAAUAAAGUAAUUAAUAAUUAAUUAAUUAAUUAGUAUCUAUCACACAGGUCACCAUGUGUGCCACCUUCAUGCCAUUCAGUGAGACUUUUCGUAACUAAGUGCAGCAUUUGUCUUUGCCUCCUCCUUCUUCACAGUUCCAAGGUGGCCAUCUGCUCAACUGGCAUUUCAUUUUGUUUGUCACCUCACCAUUGGCAACUAACAACCCCAUUAUGGAAAGACUGCCCUCUGUUGGCAGCUGAGAAGGGAGGAUUGUGAAUCUGACAGAAACUGCUUUUGUUUGCGUGUCAUAAGAAUUUUUUGACAAACCAGAGGAGACCAUGCCAUCUGUUUGUCACUCGUUUCUUGAGGUGACUGCUAAGCUGUCGUGACAUCUCGGUCACAUCUCUCAUUAAAGUUGUCCAGGUUUCGGCUUGAGCUCCAUGUCUCUGUAGUUCUGGAUCACCACAAGUCUCAUGUAAAGAUGCACUUACUGUUUAUGUGGCGUGCCAUGAAAGCGCCAUAUGAAACACACUGCUGCACUCCUGUGGAUGCCUUCCUCUUUGGGCUCAGGUCUCGUUUGCCCUGUCACUUCUUACCCACUUGGCACCAGUUUGCAUUUUAAAGCAACAUGUACAUUGCAGGCCGUAGUGAGCAGCAGUCGAUCAACUGGCUGCCUUGUUUUUAAUUAGGACACAAGCGAACUGCACUGCGAUGAAAUGCACCACUACAGGCGCCGGUGCCACGUUUAAGUGGCGUGAAUACGAUGGGCUGCGUUUACAUUGUGGUACAAAGAAACUCCCAUGUGGCUCGGGCCCCCCAUGACACCGGUGCCAUAGUCAGACGCAGCUGUCACCCCACAGCUUGUCCGGCCUGCCACCUGACAGUUUCAUUAUAAAACUUUUAGAUUAAUGACUUGGCCGGUUUAAGUGCGCCUUCAUAGUGUUGGUUCAUGUUUUCUGUUUUACGACUCUGCUCUGUCUGCUCAUUUUAUUGUGCACCACUGGUCUCGUAUUUUAGAGCUCCUCCGGUUUUCUUCAAAUGCAAGAAGUUGAAAUGUAAUGAGUGACCUAAAAUGGCGAAAAGGGUAAGCAGCCAACUGCCAGGUUGAAAUUUAAAGUUUAGUUUAGCAAGAUGCUGAGACCCCCGUGACCCUGUGUUCGGAUUCAGCGGGUUGGAAAAUGGAUGGAUGGAUGAAUAAAGGAAGGGAAUGUCAGAAUAUGACAAGUGGGCCUUCAUCAGGGAGCAACUAAGAGUUACAACCUACAGGUCAGCAGCAAUUCAAGUAAAUGAAGCCUUGGAAACAAUUUGCACACGUGUGCCAACGUGAGUGGAUUACUUGAAAGCCCCUCUGUGUGUUAGAACAGCCUGUGAAGUCCGACUUGGACGACAUGACGCCGGCAAAUAAAAAAUAAGUCACGGAACCACCAGGCGUACGAAAUCGAGUUCCAAUUUUUGAUUCAUCCAAGUAGCCUGCACCUUCUGCUGAUAUCACAGCCAAACUGUGGCCACCCUUUAGUCACCAACGCUCGACCUCCUGCUGUUAUUUUAUUAAUCCUUGGAGUCCUAAGCAGACCAACCGGCAUCUUGAGAUCUUAAUGUGCGCUCAGAUGUGAUAAGUUCAGACCAGUAAGCCGGACCUCCGCCAUUCAAUGCUUUACAUCAAGAGUUCCCAAACUUUUUUUCAGCCGCAGACCCCUUUACCAAAAACUUUGAAAACCGUCGACCCCCCUAGUCGUUUACUUUACGUACUCAAAUUAAUACAUUUGUACAGCACUCGAUAUUAAGUAUUUCACUGGAUAUCAAAGUUUUCAUUUUAAUCACUUGUAAUUAAUGAUUGAAAACGAUCAAAGGACUACAGAAAAUGACAACAUUUAAUAUCGAAACCCGCACUAACGAAAAU